AUGCAGUCAGACAAAAAUCCCUUCAGCUCAUGUCCGGAGCCAGGUGCCGCGAUGGCCGACUUCCUCCCGAUUCCGGCACCCAAUCCCGUAGAUGGAAGCUCCCAAGAUCAGGAGAGCUUCGAUACGUCUGACAACCAUCCUACUUUCUCACACGCUGUAGCGACUGAAGCCCAAGACGACCACGGGCACGUGCAGCAACACCCCGAGAAAGACGUGCUGAAUUUGGGCUGGAACGAGAGGAAGGAGGCCAUCGCGGCGCCGCUAAUCGGCGGCAUGGAUAACGAAGAACUAUGGAUGCUAACUCGCCGGUUUAACAAGCAAAUCUACAAUGUCAAGGCCACCCCUUCCCCUCCUCCUGGAGGCCUGGAUCUGUACAUCGCGGACGAUGAGGAGUUCUCGCCAGACAAGCUGCGCGCCAACGUCGAGCGUCUCUACAUGACUGUCGGCGUUGGUAUGCUGGCGGCGGUCAAGCAUGUUGCUCGCUUGCGGUCCUGGCGCGAAACCCAGCGGACGGCGUGCUUCGCCACGGCGUACUUCGUCGCCUGGAUCUUCGAUUUCCUCGUUCCUCUUCUCUCGGCUGUGUUGGUGGCUCUCAUCGGUGUUCCGCAGAUACGCGGCAUUCUGUUUCCGCCUGCUCCCGUCGCGCUCGUUGACAGCAAGACUGGCGGCGUGCAGAAGCCACAGGCUGGUGUGCUGGGCAGCCACGACAGCGCAACGGGCGCCCCGGAAAAACACAAGGGCGAGGCAGUUGAGCAGGAGGCAAGCAGCUUUGUCAGGGGCAUUGCCUCUGUCGCCAUGGGCAGCGCUGCCGGUAAACACCCUCAGGGGGUUCCCGACUCGGAUAAGACCGCGGCGAUUGACGCGGCCCCUGACCCAACAGCUCUCGCCACCAGCACCGCUGAUGCCAAGGACGUGGCCAGCGGCGGGAAAACCGGGGCCAUGCAGGAUAAGACCAAGGUUCCGAUGGAGACCAUGAUGUGGAACAAGAUGCGGCCCAUCAUGCACACUCUGGGCACCAUUGCCGACACCUGGGAGCGACUUGCAAACGCCUUAUCCCCCAUCCCGCUCUUCCCCUCCGGAGUCUACCGUCUGCGACUUGUCGCAGUCAUUCUCCCCUUUGUCUUUGGCGCCUCCCUCUUCGUCACCCCCUACCUCUUCCUCAAAGUCAUUUCCUUUUUCAUCGGCUUCCUCUUCUUCGGCGACCCCAUCCUCUCCCGCGUCUUCGCCUGGCUCAACCGCACCAUCCCCGGUUGGCAGAAGCUGUUCCAACCGCGCAACACCCUCCUCAAAGGCGUGCCCACCAACGCCCAGCUGACCCUGACCCUCCUCCGGCACGGGGAAGCCCACAACGCGCCGCUCCCGCCGCCGCCACGCACCACCUCCCCACCGCCCUCAUCACCCGCCCCGCUAACAGAUUCCCACCUCCGCGCAGCCGGCACCGACGCCCCGCUGAGCGCCACCACAGCGGAGCUCAACGCCGCCACCACCCCCGAUACCAGCCCCAACCCACCACCCCCUCCCAGUGCCGACGGCGGCGGCGGGGAAGCCGACACCGACGCCUCGCCCAGCAGCGCCGAGCACGGCCCCAACAAACCCGGCAGCACGAUCCUAGGCCUAUUAAAGGGCACAACAAAAGCGCUGGUGCAGUUGGCGGUGGGAACCGACACGCUGCGUGCCAAGGUGGGGAACAAGCCGGCGCGGCACCGGCUCGGGGUGAUCGCGGCGGCCGCGGGCGCAGGCGGACAGCAGGGGACCGGCGGGGAGCCGGUGGAGUUUGAAGCGCGGUACGAAGGGGACAAGGGGCGGGUGUACAUCUCCGGGUGCCAGGGCGGGACGGUGCCGGUUGUGGCGUUCGCGAAGGGGGAGAGGGCGGGGACGGUGCGGAUUGCGGGGCGGGAGAGGGAGGAUGUGCGGGCGGAGUGGAGCGUGCCGGUGGCGGAGGUGGCGGAGCUGGGGAAGAUUGGGGGGUAUGGGUGGAAGGCGAAGCUGGUGGUUGGGUGGUCGAUGGAGAGGGAGGUGAAGGAUGGGUUGGUCAUUCGGACGCAGCAGGGGCAGGAGUAUAUGGUCACGGCGGUGCCGUUGCGGGAUGAGCUGUUCAAUCGGUUGGUGGCCAUGGGCGGGCAGAAGUGGGUGGCUUAUUGA